CUUAGGGGAUUUUAGCGCUGUUGAUAGUGUACGUGCGUACUGGAAUCACGGCUAUUUCGAUGUGAAAAAUAAGCCACUACCAUACCAGAACAACGACAUCAUCGUCAUGGCCGUAGAGAACAGUGGCCAGCAACGAAGGGGGAUGGAUAGACGUAAUCUUAAGGAAAGAAUCGCUAUGGCAACGUGUCACCUGGCAGCCAUCGACAAAGAGACUGCGAAAGAAGAAGGCCGAUUGUUAGAGCUCGUGCAAGAAGUAGGGGACGCCCGAUUGGAGAGUGAGAGAUCAAAACAAGAACUACACGAGGAACAGAAUCGUUACAGAGAGUUCCUCCUUGGCUGCUGUAAGAUCGCGGAAGACGACAAAGCUCUAGAUGCAAGAUCUCGAGCGGUCGAGUCAGCACUCCAAACCUUGAGACGUCGCAAAUGGAAGACCGACAUCAUGCUUAAAUCAGCCACGGGCGAGAUCAAGCUUCUCGAUCACCGCAUCAUGAAAGAACAAACUCUUCAGAAAGAGCAACGAGACAGGAGACUUGGCGACAAGCGACGUCGUGUUCAACGCACAUCACUCAAGGUCAACACACUCGUGGUCCUCAUCAUCCUCCAGAUCAUCCUCAUCGUCAUCAUCGCAUUAUGGCGCCUCUGAUCUUAAGAAGCAAGACGACGUGCAACGAUUUACAAGACCAGUGGCCUUGCUCCAAAAGAUCACUCAAGGCAUUGGAUCCUAGACCUGCGCAU